AGAUGCUAGGAUCCUUAUGGAAAACUGGGAUGUCCUCAUUCACAAAACAGCUAUACCCAUUGAUGUGCCACAAAACCCAAACACCGUGCCCAGCUGCCAGCUAAAGGAGCAUAGUAGAGAAAGAGGCGAAGGCCUAGCUUUACUAAAAUUCGUUUUGUCACAUUUCUUAUUAAGGCGGUCUCGAAACUUGGCUGUUUCUAGUUGCGUCGUUUUUGCAUCUGCUGUAACUGAAGUCAACAGGGGUUGUCUCAUGAUUUUCGCAAAAACUGACAAAAAGUAGAGUGACGAGUUUGGUUUGAUGUGCAUGGCAUCAAGACAAGAGGCACCAUGAGUGCGCAGGUGGAUGCACUUACUGUGGUGAACCAGCUGCGAGAUCUUGCUGCAGACCCACUGAAUCGAAGAGCCAUAGUAGAAGACCAAGGCUGUCUGCCAGGUCUCAUCCUUUUUUUGGACCACCCCAACCCACAGGUUGUCUACUCUGCGCUGCUGGCCGUGCGCUACCUGGCAGAAUGUCGAGCCAACAGGGAGAAGAUGAAUGGCGAGCUGGGCAUGAUGCUGAGUUUGCAGAAUGUCGUGCAGAAGAGUACAUCGCCUGGAGAGACUAAACUGCUGGCCUCUGAGAUCUAUGAGAUUCUGCAAUCAGCUGGUAAAGAAGAGGCCGAACAGGCGGAGGCAGCUGCUGCCUCCUGCCGGCGUAAAGCCCAGUUCUUCCUGGGCUCCAACAACAAGAGGGCCAAAACUGUGGUGUUGCACAUUGAUGGACUGGAUGACUCUACUCGAAGGAGCCUGUGCGAGGAGGCCUUGCUAAAGAUCCGAGGGGUCAUCAGCUUCACCUUCCAGAUGGCUGUCAAGAGAUGUGUUAUCAGGAUCCGCUCUGACCUUAAAGCUGAGGCCCUGGGCACAGCAAUCAACUCCACCAAAGUAAUGAAGGCUCAGCAGGUGGUGAAGACAGAAGAUGGAGGAGAGCUGAUGGUGCCAUUCCAGGAGGACUCGGCAGUGCUGGUAGAGGAGAACACAGACAUCCCAGACUACCUGCCUGAGGAGGAGAGUCCAUCCCAGGAGCAGGACAAGGCUGUCACGCGUGUUGGCUCUAUCACAGAUGGCAUGGGCUGGCUCAGCACGGCCGCCAACUUCCUGUCCCGCUCCUUUUACUGGUGACCACUUCUUGGGUUCUUCUCUCUGCUCCCUGUUUUCCCAAGAGUACCAUCCAGUUGCAGCGUUAGCAUCUCUAAGCCUAUCCCGGACUAAGCCUUGCCUCGCAGCCCACCGGUAGUCUAGACUCCCCUCUUGCAAAGCACAAAGAGCCUGGCCUCACGUGUGCAACAAGUGCUGAACUGCCAAGUGGAACUUGCAAUAACUUCAACUUGUGUAUAUAAUGAGCUACAAACCUCACUACUGGUUUUAUGUGCACAAUUAUAUACUAACUGCAUUUGUAUCAAACAAAACAUAGCCAGAGGACUUUAAAUCAGCCGAAACCAAACAGCAUUCUGGAAAUGAGUAUCACUGUGAUGGGAGAGUUGACAUGUGGCAGGCGUAUUUAAUUGUUCUUUGGCUGAUUUUGCGUACGUUGAAAAUUGGGAGUUCCUUUUUUUGUGCAUGAUUUUGGUUGCUUUCCUCCUAGUAUGUUCAAUCAAUGUCCUUUUACUAUAUAUAUAUAUUUCAUAUUUUUCAUUGUUUAAUUUCCUAAUUAAGCUGAUUUUUUUUUUCUUCUCUCUUCAGAUUUUUCAGCAUGCUAUGAGUCUUUUGUGCCAAUCUUGCCUGAUGCCUAGAUUUGUGAUUGUCGUGUGUGCCUUCUUGACAUUUCAGUGUAAUUAUUAUUUAUUCAUCAUUCAUUCAAAUGAUUUGAGAGCUCCAAGCACAUCAGAUGUAAAGUUUGUGCUUCUCUAGCAGCAGCUGGCCUCCCACAGCUUUUAGCUUACUAAGGGAAGUCACUUCAGUAGAAAUAGUAAACUAGAACCAGCAAGAGGCUGCAGCCCAUUCAGCCAAUGACUCACAGGCAUAUGACUGUUUGUUGCAUACUGAAAGAGGAACCGAUUAGCUAGCUGGCUGAUGAAUGCACCACCCCUCGCUGCGUUUAGUUGUUUCUGCCAGAAAUCAGGACUCCUCCGAUGAUGCUUUUAAAGCAACAAAAAUCAAAUGCGAGUCCUGCUACGGCGGUUAACUGGCUGACAGCUCCUUGUGUAAAUUGCACAGACUUCAGGCUACCUCUGCUUUCAGUGUCCUGUUUCACAUCAGCAAUAUGGUCCUCUGUAGUUUUAUUAAAACCCUAUAUCAGCAUGCAAAAGACAAGCUUGUUAGCUGCCUGCUUGUGUACUUGGACUCCCACUGACAUUUUUACAGUAUUGUGGACUGGCCUGUAGAGUUCAGUUUUCAGUUUAGCCAGCAGUGUCCUUAACGCAAAGAUCACGUUGGUUCACACUCACACUCAAACUCACAGAGGAGUCACUAAUGCUGUCAUAUGAGCAGUGAUGGCAUACUGUAACAAGGGUGUGGUUAUGUAUAUUUUGGAAAUGAUGCCUGAUUCUCUAAGAUGUCAGACAUUACAUGUAAAGGAAUUUUUUUUCUGUUUUUGUAGUACUAAUUUGGCUUUUAUGUUACAAAUUAGGAGAAGAGUUUGUAGCAGCUAAUGCUAACACUCUUAGUGAGUAUUUUCCUGAUUCUUUAGCCCUUACAGUCCUGUGACUCACACAGUUUUAAUUAUUAUCUCCACUGACUUGUGUGAGUGCCAUUGACAAUUAUAUACAAUGCUGACCAGGUGAGUUUUAUUGUUUUGAUGGUGCUGAGAUGUCACGGUUGGUUGAGUUCAAACUGAUGUAAUGGCACAGGAUGACCUUAAUAACCUGAAUUGAUGAGCAAUAAUUUUUUCAUUACAUGUUGUGACUACAGUUCAGUAACAGCCUUCAAAAUAAUGCUUUGAAUAAAAGGUAUUAGGUAAAUGUUAGGAUCAUCAUCAGUAUUAAAAUUUCUUCUUUAUUUGUCAAUUUUGCACGGAAUUAAUCUCUAAAUUGCAUCAUGUCACUUCAUGUUAAUAUUUGGCAUCUCCACUCAUACUGCAAAGAAAGAAUACUUGAAUUUUUUUUCUUAGAACUGUCCUUAUGUGUUGAUCAAAAUGUAAAUUUCCCUUUACUGUUAGAUUCACCACAUUGGUAAGGUUGAUAAAGAACUGCAAACUAAGUCCUCAAAAAUGUAACGUGUACAGAAUUAAUCUGUCAUCAAAUGUAAUAUAAUGUAAUGCACAUCUUAAAACUAGAUUCCCAUACACUGUUAAUGCAAACAAUGAUAAACUUAAAAUCAAAA